AUGUCAGACGUGGAGCAGGUCUUGCGCAGCUUGUUGGAUACUAUCGCCACUGAACACGAUUACAAAGAUUAUAAAACUAAACUGAAGUCGUUUUCCACGGGAGGGGCCAACUUCUUUUCCAAACUGUAUCGAAUCACGCUAUCCGUACCAGGAAAGGAUGACCUCAAACUGUUUGCAAAAUCGGCUAUUGCCAACAAAAAAUUACGAACUCAAAGUCAAUUCGAGAUUUUCGAGACUGAAAUGUUUUUCUACUCGGAAUUGCUCAAGCAGUUUCAAGAAAUGGAGAACCAACACAACGUCCCGACAGAACAUAGGCUUACCACUGCAAAAUUCUACGGUUGCGAUAGGGAACAUCUGAAAGAAAUUAUAGUACUGGAAGAUUUAUCGUCACAGGGCUUCGAUACCCACGAUAGAUUGAAGAGUUUCGAUUGGAAUUACGCCUCUAAAUCAGUCACAGAACUGUCCAAAUUACAUACACUCUAUCUAUCGCCUACGACAAAGAAUACCCUGAGAAGUUUGAUGCACUGUACACGAAGCUACGCAAAGAUAUGA